GUGCUAGGGUGGCGAGGUUGAGCCUGCUAUGAUGCAGUCCGUUGCCACCGGCAUCCGUGCUAACAAAAGCGACAUUGGCUCCUACGCAACCACACCCCCUUCCUCCCUUUCUGAAAGCUGCGUUUCCCUCCCCCCGAGUCAAAGUCCCCGGAUGCCGACGCCGAUGCUGGUGCCUGUGUGGGUAGACUCGGGGCCUCACCCGCCGCGCAGGACACGCGCUUUCUACACUAGAGUACUUGCAGUAGUGUCUCCUAUCCUACGGAGGAAAGCGGCAGUGAUGGACAAAGGGUCGCGCGACCCCAUCCUCCCGGGUCCCUUCUAAUACGUCAGGGAGGAGAUGGCGAUGCAUGCCUCUCGGUAUGACUUUUUGGGUGAAGCACCGUAUACCUCUCUGCCUUGGGGUAACGGCAUUCGGAGAUCAGAUUUGAUGGAGAUAGACAGAGAGAGAGAGACACGGAGAGAGAGAGAGAUCGAUCUUGGCAAAGCAUCGACGCAUAGUCAGCGUGAGAACUGCCGACUGACUGCUUAUUGCUAUUCUUGCCUCGUUGCACCGCAGGCAGCUGAGUGCUGGAUCUGCCGCGCCCCCCACCUCGACGUCGAUAGUACCGUUGUCAGGAAUCAGUCGUCAUCGAACUCCCAAUUCGUUGAAGCGCUUACCGCAUCCCCCCUCUCCAGGCAGAUGUAUGCGUGUGUGUGCGCGCGUGCUCCUCCGCACUCAUAUAAGUACUAUGUAGGAUCAAUGUGUUGCCGCUACCUCUGGGCAUGCACUGGAUUUAGUAUAGCACCGUCUGGUCCUUGCACUGUUUAGAACCAUGACUCCCCCCCGCCUCAUGGCGUCGGGACGAGCCUGUCUGUCAUGGACAAGACAAUGGGUUGUCUGGCUGACGACA